GAGAUUUACAUUGUUUAUACAUCUCGUGCGCGCUGAACUAGUAAAAAUGGUGGCGUAAUUUAUGCUAGUCUGAAUUUUCAGUGAAUACUCUUUACUUACGAAACAAGAGAGCCCUUCACAAAGCCGACCAGUGCGAGGCACUUUAGAGAGUGGAAAAGUUGAAUCAUCUCCACAUAUCACACACCCUCACACCCUCACAAGAUGAGCUCCUCCCCUCAACGAUCGAUAUCCACUAGUGGCACUUCGAGCACCAAUGUCACAUCGCCACGACGAUCAGUCUCAUCAUCAGGUCAAAGUACGUUGCCACGUAGUCGAAGUAGUACGCUAAAGAAAAAGAAAGACCUAAGUGUGGAUGAAGGAACUGCUCUCAACGAUAUGCACAAAAAAGCCAACAAACAGUUUGAGGAUGAGAGACGGCGUGAAUCGGAGGCCAAGACAAUAUACGAGCAGAAGAUGAAGGAAGAUCAGGACAAGUUCUCAGAUGAAGAGAAUGAAACCCACACCAGAAAUAAGUACAAGGAUUCAAGUGCUGGCCUAGGAGGGAAAAAGUCACAUCGGGCAUCCACCGACAGAGAGGGAAGCACGGGUAGUCCUAGUUUAUCAAAUGGUCUGGACGCUAUUCGACUGUGGCAGGAGAAGUAUCACGAUGCUGACAGUAAGUACAGAGACUCCAUGCUGGCCAAUGCUCAGCUCUACAAUGAGAAGACUGCUCUUGUGUAUCAAGUGGAGGUGCUUAAAGACAGACUGGAGGACUUGAGACAGGAUCUAAUGGAAGUCACUGCAGACCUUCAGAGAGAACAAUCUACUGUUCAUCACCAACGUCACCACGGUGAAGCACAAGCCUCAGAUAUUGAGAGCCUCAAGAGACAGAUAGACCACAGAGACCAAUUCCUAGAGAGGGCAGGUCUCCACAUACCAACUGAUGAAGCUGAUGAAGAAGAGCAGCUGAGAAAAAGGCCAGAGCUAGACCCAGAGGAGAGAGAAGAGUUACAGAAAGAGAUACAAGAGCUGAAGGAUGAGAUUGCCUCCAUGAAGAGUGGGUCAGUGCUGGGCGACCAAACACCAAAGGACAUAGUCCAGGUGAGCACGAGAAUGGUGAGCGAGUACAAGACCAAGCUACAGAUAUCAGACGCAGAGAAAUCACGACUGGAGGGAACAGCAACCCGUCUUACAAGUCAGGUGACCCGCUACAAGGGUCAAGUGAAGGAGUUGGAGGAGAGAGAAGACGAGCUCAUGAAGGAGAAGAGGAAGCAAGCUAAAGAAAUUCGUAGUCUACAAUCAGAUAAUGAAGACCAGAAAACUGAAAUAGAUUUACUCAAAAGGAGAAUAGAAGCACUUCGCAAGAGAAAAGACUAUUCCUUAGACUCAUGAUGUAAUCAUUUGAUGUCAUAAAUUAUGACUCAUAAUUAUAGCUAGCGAGGGUCUCUUAGAGACAAAUAAACCUCCUCAUUUUUAGCUAGUGUGUUUUACUCAGUCUCUGUGAGAUUCGUAUUCUGUUGUUCGGUCGGGGAGAUUAAUAUCUUAUUCUGCAUCAAAAUAAUUAUUAAUG